AUGUGGAAUGAUGCUGAUGUCGAUGAUACAAGUACUUUUGACCUGAAUGGUGAUGAACACAUGCCCUCAGAUAGUGAAGAGGAGGAAGGCAGUGAUGUAAUAGAAGAGGAAGAUAAUGAAGAUGACGUCAUACACAGUGACGAUUAUGUAACUAUAAAUUUGGUCCGCGGCGGGUUCCAGCCGCGCCUUCCGACUUCGCUGCGGCCACCAGGGCAGCAGCAGCAGCCGUCGCCGCUACCACGCCGACAGCCCGUCCCGUUGAUGCCUCCCGCGCAGCUUCAUCCGGGAGCGCCCCAGGUGGUCGCUCCGGCGCCUGCGGUCCCUCUUCAGUCGCCACCGCCUUCGGAGCUGAUGGACGUCGACCCCUCAGCCGGGCCGCUAUCCCAAGCGGUGGCUGUGCAGCCUGUCCUGCAGCCGCUUUCCUUGGGCACCCCCAAGGAGUAUGACACCGCAGCGCCUUGUCCGGCGCCCACUCAGCAGCCGUCGACGCAGCGUCCGGAGACGCUGCCUCUCUUCGUGGGUCCCGACGCCCCGUCGCGUCCAGAAGAUUUACGUCGGGAGCUGGAGCCUGAAAGAGGGUCGGUUGAUGGUGAUAUGCAGGCCUCUCAGAUUGUGGAACCGCCUCCAGCUGCUAUUCCACUAGCACAUCAUCCUUAUCAGCUGGGAGGGCGCAGUAGACUAUUCACAGCAGCGCAGGCACGCAUCAGCUCCACCAAACUCAGCUACGGCUCCCUUACCAAGCGCAUGCCUCCACCCGCUGCUGUCUCACUGCCUCCACCUACCCAUGUGCCACAGGUUGCCUCUCCCAUGGCCAUCAACGCCGUCACUGUCGGCUAG